UACAUCAUAAUCUCUUCAUAACCUUUGUUUCUAGCGGACCUUAAAUAACCCUCAAGGAGAAAAAAAACCUUUGUUUCUUUAAAUGCAUCUAAGUCAUUAGUGUCCGUUCAAUCAGUUUGGAUUCAUAACUGUUUUAAAUGUUUUGAUGAUAGCCGCGUUCUUAGAUCAGGCUAAGUUCUAGAUUUAUUUGUGAUAUUGCACUUCUUUCUUGACAGUAUAUUUGGAUAAAAGGAAUUUCAAGUAUUUGCAUACCUAAAUGCUGCAAAAAAUGCUUGUCAAGUUAUGGUACCAAAUGUAAGAUAGCACAAAGUAACGCUAAUAAUCAAUCAAUUGGUAUCUUGCGGACAGUGACAAGAAACUAAAUCACAGAAUGAAAUCUCAUGAAUAUAAUUAGGAUCCUGGAGGCUGGUUCGUUCAACAUUAUUUUUCAGGUGGGCAUUGAUAGAUCAAAUGGCUCAAGCUGGCUUCUAUUACCAGCCACUCUCGUUGUUCGUCCAGACAAUACUUUUGAAGUCAAAGUUGAUGGAAAUUUGGUAAAUGAGGGUUCAUUACUGGAUGAUUUCACUCCUCCUGUCAAUCCACCGCUUGAAAUUAAAGAUCCAAAUGAUAAGCGACCAGAAGACUGGGAUGAAAGAGAAAAAAUACCAGAUCCAACUGCCGUGAAGCCUGAAGACUGGGAUGAAGAUGCGCCGGUACAGAUUGUUGAUGAAAAUGAUCAAGUGCCUGAAGGAUGGCUAGAAGAUGAGCCACCAACCAUACCAAAUCCUGACUCGGUGAAACUUGUAGAUUGGGAUGAAGAAAUGUAUGGGGAAUGAAAACCGCCAGAGAUUCAAAAUCCCAAGUGUCUUGAUGCACCUGGUUGUUGCCCAUAUAAAAAACGACUUAUUAGUAGACCUAAGUACGAAGAAAAAUGGCUUCCACCAUUAAUAAAUAAUCCUAAUGACUCCAAUCAUAGGCAUUGGCAGAUCAAAUGGCUCAAGCUGGCUUCUACCACCAGCCGUAUUCAACAGGUGAAGACAUAGCGAUGUGCUUUACCUGUAGCGUCUGCCUUGUUUGUUGGGAACCAACGGAUGAAUCUUGGUCGGAGCACGAGCGACUGCACUCGCCAGCCUGUCCCUCCGUUAAGGGCGUGUACACCCUUACGCAAGACGUACCACUUUCUGUAACACUUGCCACGGCACCGGACCAAGCUGUUGGCGACAAACGUUACUGGACUUUUGUCCACGGCAUCUAACAACGGUUUAAUUAAUGUUUGAGUUAAUACCAGUCGAUAAAAGAUAGAUUUUAGAAUCAGUCGUGAACAAAAGACCAACAAUCCAUUUAUUACAGAAGAAUAUCAAAGGUAUCACAACACGGGAAUUCUGUGUGAACCAGUCAAUUUGCAGAGUUGUAUGGAUUUAUUAGACUAUUCAGGUUGCGUUACGCUCCCCAGUCCCAAAUUAAAGAGAUAAUUAAAAUGGACAGAG